CGAACCAGGAAGAUGGAAAACGGGUUGGAGAAAUGGCGUUUUCGAGGCAACGAAGAACUGAGUGUGGCGUCGGCAACCACCAUCAGAAGCACUGUCAUGAAGCUAUUUGAAAACCUUGACAAAGAUGAUCCAAGGCCAACCGUGCCUCUCGGCGAAGGCGACCCCUCGGCGUUUCCGUGCUUUCGAGCCCCCACCGUAGCCGAAGAUGCCAUUGUUGACGCUGUCCGCUCGGCUAUGUAUAAUGGCUACUCACCGGCGGUUGGUAUCCUGCCGGCAAGGGGGGCCGUAGCAGAUUAUCUGUCUCGUGAUCUUCCGUACGUGUUAUCACCAGACGAUAUCUAUAUCACAAUUGGAUGCAUCCAAGCAAUUGAAGUAACACUGACAGUCCUUGCUCGCCCAGGCGCCAACAUUCUGAUUCCAAGACCCUUCUACCCAACCUAUGAGGCAUAUGCUGCAUCUAAACAUCUCGAAGUUCGUCACUUUGAUCUUAAUCCAGAAAAGGGUUGGGAGGUUGAUCUUGAGACCGUUGAAGCAAUUGCUAAUGAGAAUACUGUUGCCAUAGUCAUCAUAAACCCUGGCAAUCCUUCUGGAAGUGUCUAUACAAACCAACAUUUGAAGAAGAUUGCAGAGACAGCAAGAAAGCUAGGCAUUCUGGUUGUUGCUGAUGAAGUUUAUCACCAUCUCACUUUCGGAAGUAACCCAUUUGUGCCGAUGGGGGCAUUUGGAUCAAUAGUGCCUGUUAUCACACUAGGGUCUAUAUCAAAGAGAUGGAUCGUACCAGGUUGGCGACUUGGUUGGCUUGUGACAAGUGAUCCUAAUGGCAUCCUUCGUAAAUUGGGGGUUGUGGAAUGCAUUACGGGUUGUCUCAACAUCGCAUCUCAGCCACCAACAUUCAUUCAGGGUGCGGUUCCUCAUAUCCUUGAAAAAACUGGCGAAGAUUUCUUCUCAAAAGUUAUUGACAUGCUUAGGGAGGCUGCAUACAUAUGCUAUGAUAGAAUUAAGGAGAUCCCCUGCAUUACUUGUCCAAAUAAACCAGAAGGAUCCAUGUCUGUGAUGGUGAAGUUAAACCUGUCAUUAUUGGAAGACAUUAAUGAUGAUAUGGACUUCUGUCUCAAGCUGGCCAAAGAGGAAUCAGUUAUUAUUUUACCAGGGGUGACUGUUGGGAUGAAGAAUUGGCUGCGCAUAACUUUCGCAAUUGACCCGUCAGCUCUUGAAGAUGGGUUUGGGAGGAUUAAAGCCUUCUGCAAAAGGCAUGCCAAGAAACAAUUAUAAGCUCAAGCUAGUUCCUCAUGACAGUUUCCAUGAGUGUUAAAAAUCAUAAUUAAUUGUGAUAGGAUUUGUUAAUAAAAUCCUCUCUUUGAAGUUUUGCUAAUCAAGCAAGACAUAAUGAAGAAGGGGUACUGGUGAUAACUGUUGAUCAUCAACAACUUCUUGCUGCUCGAUCUGAUCGAUCAUGUUAUGUUAUUUUUGGUGACUUGUAAUCAACAACAUCGUAUUGUUGAUCAAUGCAGCUUUUAUUUGAUUUCCUUGAACCAUAAAGGAGUUGUUUGAUCUUUUUGAACUCCAUGUUUUCAAUAAUGUUUG